UGUUGUUGUUUUGCCGCAGGGUCAGUGAAUAAAUCCGCGUUUUAUUUCAUUAAUUUUCAGCACUAAUUUGCAGAAACACCACUAAAAACAAAAAACAAACAAAAAAAAGGCGCCCCAAGGGUUGGCUCCGCGUGGACUGAAAUGAAAGGUAAAGAGCGGUCGCCGAUUAAAAAACGCUCCCGGGCCUUGGACGAUAUUCGAGACAGGGGAGGAUGCCACCCGACCAGCAAGAAAAUGGGGGCUCUCUCCGUUUCUAGUGGGAGUAAUAACGGAAAUAGUUCGACCAAAAGCGACGGCGGCUCGACGAGAAGGAGUCUACUCGGUGAAAAGAGAGAGAGAGAUUUCGACAGUCAUAGCCGGACUGGAAAUAAUCACAGUUGUCAGUCUGCCGCCGCUAGCUCCGUCGGUAAAAACCACAACCUUAGCCUGACGCUGGAUUUAGUCUCACCGAGGACCACUUCACGGGGGGAGCAGCGGGUUCAGCCGCCCAGCACCGAGAGUGAGUACAAAACCCUCAAAAUAAGCGACCUCGGUACCCAGCUGAGCGAUGAAGACAUAGAGGAUGGACUCUUUCAUGAAUUUAAAAAAUUUGGAGAUGUGAGCGUUAAGAUAAGCCGUAGCAACGACGAGCGGAUAGCGUUUGUGAAUUUCAGGAAGCCGGAGGACGCCAGAGCUGCUAAGCACGCCAGGGGACGGUUGGUGCUGUACGACCGGCCGCUGAAAAUUGAGGCAGUGUACAUAAACAGGAGAAGAAGCCGCUCCCCUGUGGAGAGAGACUUGUAUGGUGCAGCUCAAAGCCAUAGACAUUUACAGAGACCUCUCUCGCCCACGGGGCUUGGAUACAGAGACUACCGGCUGCAGCAGCUGGCCUUGGGACGGCUCCCCCCUCCCCCACCGCCCCCUUUGCCCAGAGAACUGGAGCGAGACAGGGAGUUUGCCCUGUUUGAAGCCAGGGCACGUCCAGCUUUCAUUGCAGAGCGGGCAGCUUUUCGUGAGGAGGAUUUUAUAUCUCCAGAAGAUGACCAAAGAGCCAAUAGGACGUUGUUUUUAGGCAACCUGGACAUAACUGUUACAGAGGCCGACCUGAGGAGAGCCUUUGACAGGUUUGGGGUCAUUACAGAGGUGGACAUUAAAAGACCCACCCGGGGACAAACCAGCACAUAUGGAUUUCUGAAAUUUGAGAACCUUGACAUGGCUCACCGUGCUAAGCUUAGUAUGUCUGGCAAAAUAGUGGGCCGCAACCCCAUAAAAAUAGGCUAUGGGAAAGCAACUCCCACCACACGCCUGUGGGUCGGUGGACUUGGACCCUGGGUUCCUUUAGCUGCCCUGGCAAGAGAGUUUGAUCGUUUUGGCACCAUAAGGACCAUUGACUAUAGAAAGGGGGAUACCUGGGCCUAUAUUCAGUAUGAAAGUUUGGAUGCUGCACAGGCAGCAUGCACACACAUGAGGGGCUUCCCGCUGGGAGGUCCCGAGAGAAGACUUAGAGUGGACUUUGCUGACACUGAGCAUCGUUACCAGCAGCAGUUCCUGCAGCCUCUCCCGAUUCCACCUUUUGACAUGGUGGCUGAGACAUUUGUCCACCGGGCCACACCUGAACCACUGAGGGUCAGGGAACGGACUCCACCGCCGCUUCAUUUCAGGGAGAGAGAGCUCUUUCCUGGAACUGAGUGGCCCAACGCGGCUAUUCGUGAACGGGUACGUGCCUCACCUUUUGAGCCUCUGGAGCACUUGGAACGUGAGCGGCGGGCACGGGAGCCCUGGUCGUUGGAACGAGAGCUGCAGGGACGAGAACCUCUACGCAAGCGACGCGUAAUGGAGGAUGGACGUCAUAUAGACCACUCCCCUGACAGCACUGAGAGGACAGUACGGCGUAGGCGUGCUUCUCCAGAUGGCAGUCCUGGAGGUAGCAGCAGAGACGGUGGUCGUUUCAGUGACUCAGAGCGCCCUAUGCGCUGCGAGAGACCCUCCCCAUCACGAGAACGUCACAGCAGUCUGGAAAGAAGUGGGGCUGAACGGAGACUCAAAAGCCAGAGCCUCUCUGAUAAGGGACCUUCUAGCACCAGUAUUUCAGCAGUUGGAGAGCGUAAACGUAAAGUAGGCGAUGGUGGCAAAGGGCUAGCCAAGAGAGAACGUUCUGAGAGCAGUUCCAAGGGAGGCCAGCUGACCAAGCUGGAUGGCACUAGACUCAGUUUGGCCUGGCAUGGUAUGCUGUUGCUGAAGAACAGCAACUUUCCAGCCAACAUGCACCUGCUGGAGGGCGACCACAAUGUAGCCAGUGACCUGCUUGUUGACGGCACAACCGGGAGGCAGGUGAGCGAGCUGAAGAUCACCCAGCGUCUCCGUCUGGACCAGCCCAAGCUUGACGAGGUGUCCCGGCGCAUCAAGGUGGCGGGUCCCGACGGCUACGCCAUUCUGCUGGCAGUUCCUGGGACCACAGAGGAUACAUCGUCGUCUGACCCUGCAGCCUCAACUCAGCGGCCGCUUCGGAAUCUGGUGUCCUACCUCAACCAAAAACAAGCAGCAGGAGUCAUCAGCCUGCCCGUGGGAGGGAGCAGAGAUAAAGACAACACGGGCGUUCUUCAUGCUUUCCCUCCAUGUGAUUUCUCCCAGCAGUUCCUGGAUUCCUCUGCCAAAGCUCUGGCUAAAAGCGAAGAGGACUAUCUGGUCAUGAUUGUGGUUCGUGGAGCAUCUUAAAAAAUCAGAACACACUAAGUUCAAGUCAUGUAAAAAAAAUCUGUAUGUCAGUAACUAUUGCAUGCUGUGUGUUCUGCAUUAUGGGGUACACUAGUAUGGUUCUUGAGUGUUUGUAUGUUGCCAUGUAAUCUACAAAAAGGACAAACAGUGCCCUUCUACAAAACUAAAUGGGUGUGUGGUUUUGAAAUUUUUUUUAAAGGGUGUAUGAAUUGCUCAGUCAUAAACCUGCAGUAAUUCAGUCAGAAUACUGUUAAGCAUGAGAAGCAUUUGAGGAAUAAAUUUCCAUUUCAUUUAAGUAGGGAUAAGUCAUAUAGAAAACAUUCGGUUAUUUGCCAGGUUAAAAUCUUAGAUAUUGAGAUAUACCACAAGAAAAGGAAAAGAACAAUUAGAAAUGCAAGGAGUGGACACAAUAAUACUCCACUACAAUAAAACGACAAACACUGGCCUCUCAAAUUUCACUUUGAAUCCACAGCUGCCCGACCCAGUGUUAACAAAAGCUGCAAAUUACAAGCUUAACAAAGGUCAUGUUUGUUUCUGGGCUAUUAUACUGUAUUGCCUUAGAUUGUACAGGGGUUUUGUUGUGUCUACCUCCUACACAGGUACUUAAAUGAGGGGACUCAGAAGACAUAAUUUUUCAAAGCUUUGAAUUACAGUGCAAUAAUAUUUCUACUGUAAUCACUUUUUGAUGGAUGGAUACAAAGGUGAGCAUGACCGUUUUGAAUUUACGCUAUGGUAUGGUAUGUCGGUAAAGGAGUAGUGAGUGAUUUGGUACUGCAGUUUCAAAGCUAAUCUCUUUGGAGAAAGAACCCCGUUAACAUUUAGAUGGUCAAAACAUUUUGCACAACUCUUCUCAAGUGCAAAACACUCCACUUACCGAAGGUUUUUGGCUAUCUUGCUUUCAUCACGGAACGCCCUGAUGGCAGCAAGAUUGAUUAAAAAUUUGGUGAAUGAAGAGUGGUGUGUAGAAGAAGAGUUGUGGUAUGUGUUCUAAUUCUGACGGGCUUGCAUUGAAGCUCACACUGGUCCCUGAGUGCCCUCUCAAAGUUGGAAAAUAUUUUGAAGGUCUCUAGAUAAGAAGUGUCUAGAAAAGGCUCAUACAUUUCAGUUACCUACGUUGUCAGCUGUGUUUGAAAAAUUAUCUUCAGGUUCAUGGUUUGGAUUUGAGUGUAUUUAUAUUGUGUUCCUCAGUAUUGGAACACCAAAUUGCAAGAUAGACAAUGAACUCGGUGUGUGUCCAGUCCACUGGUAAAACUAAAUUGUCAUGUCAACUCUGUCGAAUGCUUAAUACUAACAGAUGUGAGAUUUUUGCCCAGGGAACACCACAUAACACAAAAGCGCAUAGCAUAGUAAAGCAAAUACUAACAUGUUUCUCAUAUUUUUUACUUCAUAUUUUAUUUUGUGCAUCCCUACCUUUAGAAAUGGUGGUGUAAUGUGAUCUAUGAAAAAAAACUACACUAGUAAUGGAUAAAAAGCUUAGAGAAGUUUGUGUUGAUUUUUGACAGUCUGAUUCAUUAUUGCUCUCAAACCAGUAGGUCCUCCAAGAACAAUAUUCAGUAUAAUUAAAAUGUUGGUACAAAGUAACAAAAACAUGCUGUUUGUUCAGUAACUAGGUCUGUUUAAUUUUAAAGUUUUAGCAGUAUCUUAGCAGUUAAUGUUGGAAUUUCAAUUUUAGAGGUCUAAAUUUGACAAUGUUUUAUCAUGACAGCCAACAUAUUCCAAAGGCCUACUUACCGUAUUUUCUUUUGCCAUUGUAUGUUUGUCAUGCAAUAGUAAUCCACCCCAAAUUAUAAUUUGCAGAGUUUGGUUUAAUAUGUAUUGAAAAAAAUUAAUAUGUGGGGAAAGUUGUUAUGUGUCAACAUCACACCCACUGCAACGUUGGACUCCCGAGGAGACGAGCGCAGAGCUGAAAACCUCUGCAGGGAAGGCAACCUAGUGUUUGUGAGUCCUCACUGAUGAGGCAGCUUUUAAGUUGUGUAGCCCAUCUGCACCUGUGAUGACUUCUGUUUUAAAUGGAAAAUUGAGCAAUGUACACUUUGAUGUCAUGGGAAAGGAAAAUCCAUAGAGCCCAUGCGAAGCUGUUCACAUACCUGAAAGUGCAUUUGGGCACUUAAUGUGACCGAUUAUCAAUAAAUUGUUCAUUUGAAGGGAAACAUGUUUCUUCGAUGGAAGUGAAUUGAAGAAACAAGCUGCCAUACCUUAUUGUGUUUCGAAGGAGUUGUCACUUGAAAUUUUGUUUCUGCACACGAAAAGGGAGACAAUUUGCAAUUUUAGCACCAGCGAAGAGAGACCUCUGUUUCGUGUGAGGAUCGCUGUUUGCUUACAGGCCUGUUCUGAGCUCAUAAGUUGCUCGUCAUAAAUUACUCCCUCCCCCAUGAUCCAAUAUAAUACCCUCAACUGUUCCUGUUGGCACGUGAACACCUGAUCAGGAUCGAGGAGCCUCCGCAUCCCUUGUUUACAGCCAGAGUCCCGGUUUGCAGUGUGAAACAGUGGCAGAUGCAGAGAGCCGUGCAGUUUGGGAGGUGAGGCCUGGACCAAACAGCAGCACGUGCCAGUAUCCUGUUGUUUUUCCUGCUCAUUACUCUAAAGGUGUCAUGUGCAUUGUUCCUGGUUGUGAGUAGGAGCUGAGGAAAUUCCAUCACCUGCCGUCACACACUCCACUCGAGAGAUUGUGGGUGACACCACUUUGAAAUUUCCAUAGCAUCUACAGUUCAAGCUAUCUCGCUGCAGAGGCCAAGCUGAACCACUGGGCUCUUUUGUCUUUAUUAUACUUUGCCCAGUUAUGAUUUGAUUUGACAUUAUGUGUGGCUCAGGGAAGAGGAUUGGCCCAACCUCAGCUAGGAAUAUUGUUUGCCCCCAUCUUUGUGUUCGCCUCUGAUUGAACCUUCUCCGAUGAGACGAGUGAAGAAGUGUGUUUGCUGUGCUGAAGCUGUUCUGUUGUCACCUGAGGUCUGCUGCAGCAUGGAAAUUAAACAAGAACAGGCCAGAUUGUUUACCCUUUUUUACACCGCUGGAAGGAAUCCACACUGCGGACCCCCCCUCCCCGAAAUUCUUCUAGGAGACCUUUUUAUUUUGCCUAUCUCCUUUUAUAAGUUUAAGGCCAUUUUACACAGGAGAGAAAGUUUUCUGUUUCCUCCCACCAUCCAUUUUAGUCAUAUUAAUGUGAAAACAAAUUCUGUUCUGUGCUGAGAAGGACCCCUUACUUCGCUAGAGAAACAUUGCCAUCUUGAGGACCAUGGAGCACCUGCUUUCCUCUCUCACAGCCAACUACCUGAUAAAUCACACUCACGCACAAAAGACACCGAGGACAGAGCUGGUAUCACUGUGUGACUGCUGUAUAGAAUGGCACGAUGAUGAGUAAGAGAACAAUUGCUGCUUGCCAGGUCUGUAUCGGUGGCUUAGGCAGCAGUGGUAAGUACAAAGUGUCAACACCACAUUUUACUGCAACAUGCAAAAUGGCACGCUCUGGUUUCAAUCCAAAGUAAUUACCGAGGUAAUUUCCACUGAUGGCAGUUUAAAUCUCAGACCCUAGUGUGAGAUAAUCGGGACAUUUACUGCCCACAACAACAUUUUCCAUAUAGGGCUGUUUUGAUCACCACCAACAAAACUAUGAUAGGUAUACUCCAACAGUGAACUCCUAAUUUUGAUACAUUUUUUGAUAAUAGUCAUGUAGAGGCUCUAGUUAAAAUGAGACGUGUUCACAUACAUUACGAAAUUGUUGUUAUGUAAAAAGUUGAAGUACUUAGAGAGAAAAGACAAAAUUUGGUGAGCUUUUAAAGCAAGACUACUGCAGUUGUUGAACCCCCAGUCUAGAUUCGAUAUAUAUAACACAAUACUGCACAUUUGUUUUUUUUGCAGCCUCAUUAGAAAUGUAAAUGUAAUUCCCACCAUUCACUUUGAUGAAGAUUUAUUGUGUCAUUGAUGCAAAAAAUAGCCAGAAACUAGAGGCGAGGUUAACAUUAUGCGGUCUGUGAGGAAACUGUGGUGUAGUUUCAGUUAUAAAGGCUUAAUUGAGCAAUGAACAGGCUCAAGCCAGUGUCUUUUCUUUUAAGACUCACAAUUAUGUGGAACAACAUUGGUAAGACACUCCUGGUCAUAGAUGAUGUUACAGAUCAUGCUAAAAGAAACCUUUAUUAGAAUAUUUCUUGUUAAAGCCAAAAGCAUUAUCAUCACUUACCGGUCAGAGAAGUUUAAUUUAAAGGAAUUAUAAUUACAGAAGAAAAUGGCUUGUGGUGCAAAAGGGUGUUUUGCAUUAGGAAAAUACAGGCCACAGAUUAACCUGUAGUUAAUGAAAUGGAGAAUAUUAAUGUGAGAGUUAAAGGAGACCUACUCCAGGACCCUUUACAUACACCACACACCACCAGUUAGCAAUCAAAAUAUACCAUGUGAAAAUAAACGAAAUCAAUCCGUGGCUGAUACUUGACCUUUUAAUCUGGCAGCCGACACCUCACUGAUACCAGUCGACCUUUUACUCUGCUCCCUGUGCAUUCACGCUGUAUGAGCAGCUACAUGUGCUUUUUGUCAUACUGCUACAGUUGAUGUUAUCUGACCGAUGAAUGCAGAGACAUGCAACUAAAUAUUCUCUCUUAGACAUCAAUGUCUCAAUGAGGUCUGACUCAUCAAACACUACUGGAGCAGCAAUACGAUGCUCGGUGAGGUGUUCAAAAAUCAGAUAUAUCCAAUUUAAGGGAAAAAAUUUUUUAGAAAUUCAGAUAUCAGAAACUGAUAUUUAUCAUUUUACAGGCUGGACCCAGGUUAGAUUUUGUCUUUAUACACAGUUGUAAGGAAAAGGUCCAUGAAGUUCUUCUUUAAAAUAUGCUGAUUGUAGUCAGAAUGUCACCAGGCUUUUAAAUAAUGACUAUUACCUAUAAUUCUUAAGAUACUGUAUUACAAGUUUGUGCCAGUGUUGGUAAGACACUUAACUUUUUGCAAAUGUAAACUGGUGGACACUAUGGCAACAUACAACUUUCUCAGUUCAACACAUCUCAUGUUAUAUUUGCUUAUGCAUUCCUGUGAGAAGAUCAUCUGAUUUACUGGUUGUAAGCUAUAAAAUCCAGAAAUCUGUCAAUUAAAAUUUCACACUUGAUUUAUGUUGUCCAUGCUCACUGCAGUGCAGUUCACGGUAGUAUGAAGAAAUAAGUUGGAUAUUGUGACAUUGCCAAUCAGCAUUUCAAUUUCUCAAAACAAGUAUUCAUUUGCAAUAACAACAUUUUCCAGCUCUCACAUUCAAAGCACUGAAACUGUUGUUAGUGACCAUUUAACACUGUAAGAUGCUGUCAAGAUUAAAACAUGUUUGCAUGUCUCCUAUACAGAGCUCCACCGGACAGCAGUUGGUGAAUCACUUUGUUUCCAGGCCACCGAUGAACACACCAUCGGGUCUCAUCUCCUGUAAGUAACAUGUAAGUUUGCUUUGACUGACAGUAUUAAAUGAAAAAGUGUGUAACACUUUAAAGUGUAUACUUUUAGAGAAAUAAUUGUAACAAGCCUUUGCUGAGUCUACUUUUAAACCCAAGAUGACAAUGAAUGCAAUAAUAUACACAAAUGAUU